AUUUCCAGUGUGGGAGGGGUUCCCUCCUGUGGGUAGCCUGUCUGUGUGGUGUGGACUUGAUGUUCCAUUGUUUUCCAUUCCCAAGGAGCGCAUCUCUCUAUUUUCUCUCUCUGCCCUUUCUGCGUUCAGCGCGCGACUGAGCGUGCGGGGGCGGGGUGCAAGACUCGCGGCUUUGAAUCAGGAGGUCGGAGUACUCGGUUGCGUGCGAGUGGAAGGGGCCAUCACAUCUUCAACCUCUCCGUCGGAGCCAAGAACAACAGUGUAAACUCUCCGGUUGAAGAAGUGCCAGGUCAGUCACCACAAUGUACCAGCAGAGGAGCGGAGGUCACGCAGGGGGUCCGCAGGAGGUGGAGCUAACAGACGAGGAGAAGGAAAUCAUCAACAGUGUCCUGGCCCGGGCCGAGACUAUGGAGGCCAUGGAGCAGGAGAGGAUCGGGCGUUUUGCCACUAGGUUGGACAGUAUGAGGAAGACAGCGUGUGGAGACGGUCAGUCUCGCUGUCUGCUUUGUGGAGAGACUUUUGGCCAGCAGGGAGUCACAUCUGUGCUCUGUUCCCACUGCAAGAAGCACAUGUGCAGUAAGUGUGGUAUUCAGAACAACAGCCGUUCAUCAUGUCCAGUGUGGAUCUGUAGGAUCUGCAGUGAACACAAAGAGAUGUUGAAGCGUUCUGGAGCGUGGUUCUUUAAGGGCCAACCCCAACAGGUCCUCCCCACCCCGCUACCUAUCAGCAGGCCCAGAGGGACGGCUUCUGAGCGACCCCCUAUUCAGCCCCCUCCACAGGCCCAUUCCCAGCCAGAGCCCAGUACCCAGGAGCACGCAAAUCAGCAGAGGCUGUCUGAUAGUUGUAAUAACAACACACAAAACAAAGAACCCACCGAUGAACCCCAGUACUCCAAACCUGAGCCCCAGGACCCAGAGAGCUGUAAGGCUGGACAGACACUAGGGGGCGUUCCUGAAACCCAGGCCAUCCCUGCCACGGACGAGGAGGUGGGGGUGAGGAUGGAGAGACAGUCUAUUCUAGGCUCCAGACCUCCCACAGCCAGGGGAAGAGAGAACUCACCAGGCUUCGCUGACGCGGCCCUGCCACAGGCCCCUGUACCGGUGGAAAGCCGAUACCGUCAGCCGAGGGAAGACAGAUCACAGGUGCCAGGCAGGGAUGAGAAACCCUCGCUUGCCCCCAAACCUGCCCCGGCCCCACCCCCCGUUCCCACGCCUGUCGACAACGACGACAACGAGUAUGACUCCGACGAAUCCACCACCCUUGGGCUCCUGGAGUUCACUCUGCUUUAUGAACAGGACAACAGCGCUCUACACUGCAACAUAAUAAAAGCUAAGGGUCUGAAGCCCAUGGACUCUAAUGGUCUUGCAGACCCCUACGUCAAGCUGCACCUCCUCCCAGGGGCCAGUAAGUCCAACAAGCUGCGUACUAAGACCCUGAAGGGGACUCUGAAUCCAGUAUGGAAUGAAACUCUGGUGUACCAUGGUAUCACUGACGAUGACAUGCAGCGCAAAACCCUCCGGCUGUCAGUGAGUGACAUGGACAAGUUCGGACACAAUGAGUUCAUAGGAGAGACUCGCGUGGCUCUGAAGAAGCUCAAAGCCAACCAGAAGAAGAACUACAGUGUGUGUCUAGAGAGGGUGAUCCCGGUGAAGAAGACUGGCACGGGAGGCUCAGCCCGCGGCAUGGCUCUCUACGAAGAGGAGGUGAAGGAGGAUGAAGCAGAGGAGAGGGGUCGUAUCCUGGUCUCUCUGACCUACAGCACUCAGCAGGGGCGUCUGAUCGUGGGAGUGGUUCGCUGUGCCCACCUGGCAGCCAUGGACUCUAAUGGUUACUCAGACCCCUUCGUUAAGGUCUGUCUGAAACCAGACAUGGGGAAGAAAGCCAAAAACAAGACUCAGAUUAAGAAGAAGACUCUGAACCCUGAGUUCAAUGAGGAGUUCAGCUAUGAGAUCAAACAUGGUGAGCUAGCCAAGAAAACCCUGGACCUUACUGUCUGGGAUUAUGACCUGGGAACAUCUAAUGAUUUCAUUGGUGGAUGUCAGCUGGGCAUCACAGCCAAAGGGGAAUGUCUGAAGCACUGGUACGAGUGUCUGAAGAACAAGGAUAAGAAGAUUGAGCGCUGGCAUGUCCUCCUCAACGACAGCACUAUCAAGGACACAGAUGACUGAGAUGUGAACUUUUUUACUUCCGUCCUCCUCAUGUCUCCUCCUUCUCAUGGCUCCUCCCUUUCCCUUCGCCAAUUUCUCCCUCCUAGAUUUAUCCACCCAAAGCCAUUACAAUCUUCAUAUCAAAUAUAUGAUUUUGUCUUCCAAUCUAGGUUAUCCUACUUUCAGUAAAGUAUUUACAAUGAAAGAAAAAGGAACUGUCUCUCUUCUGUACUUACAGCAUGCUCUAAUUCUUCUGGAUGAAAGUGGUCUGUUUCACUGAUCCCUAAAUCCUGGAAACCAGAUUUGAAUGAAUAGGGUGCAAUAUUAUGAUUUCAAAAAGGCUGACUUCAGGCAACAAUGUGCUGCUACACUCUCCUUCCCUACCUCAGUCUCAACUCAAGGACUCCCCACUUCCUCUCCCACCACAGACAUAAAUGAUAUGACAUAGAUUACAUGAUAUGGAUGCAUUA